AUUGCUUAAUCACCCCAAGGCCCAUUAUGAACAUGGGUGCUGUUCUUGAUUUGGAGUCAAUAAUGGGUAAGCAACAGAAAAUAGCAAUGGAAAUUGCAGUUCAAGAGUUCAAUAACCUGAGUUGUUCCAAGAUGCAUUUGAUUGUACAAAAUUCCCGUGGAAAUUCAGCUCGAGCAAUUGCUAGUGUUAUGGAUCUAGCACAGAGAAAGCAAGUCUUAGCCAUCAUAGGAACAAUAACUCACAAUGAAGCAACUCUGGCCAGCGAGUUAAAUGGCACCAUAAAGAAAGUUCCUAUAUUGUCUCUAACUUCUCCCGCAGCCAACACAAAAUUAUUAUCCCCUCAAUUGCCACACUUUAUCCAAAUUGGCGAUGAUAUCAAGAUUCACAUGCAAUGCAUCACAACCAUUGUAGGAGAAUUCAAAUGGCGAAAGGUGACAUCAAUCUAUGAACUUAAUAACGGGUUUUCCUAUGAUCCAGGGACAUUGCUUGGCCUCACUUAUUCUCUUCGGAUUGUUGGUUCUGAGAUUGAUAACCAUUUAGCUUUGCCUUCCUUGUCCUCUUUAUCAGACCCAAAAGCUACCAUUGAAAAAGAGCUUCAUAGGCUCAAAAGCAAGAGUAACCGGGUCUUCUUGAUUGUGCAAUCUUCUUUGGAGUUGGCUAACAUACUUUUUGAGCAAGCAAAGCAAAUGGGUUUGAUGGAAAAUGGUUGUGUGUGGAUUAUCCCAGAUGGGGUUGCUAGCCUUCUUGAUUCAGUUAACUCGUCUGUUAUCCUUCACAUGCAAGGAGUUAUUGGAUUUAAGAGACACUUCACGGAAACAAGUGAGGCAUUUAGAAGGUUCAAGUUCAAAUUUCGGAGAAGGUUUGCAUUGGAGUUCCCUGAAGAAGAGAACAUUAACCCAAGUUUCUUUGCAUUUCAAUCUUAUAAUGCAACCUGGGCUAUUGCUCAUGCUGCAAGAGAAUCACAAGGGAAGUUUAAGUUUAAUCUUGAACAAUUAUUCAGAAAUCAUCUCUCCAACAAUAGUAAGUUACAACAAUCACAUGCAUUCAAUAUAAUUAAUGUGAUAGGUAAAAGUUAUAGAGAGUUGGCAUUAUGGUCUCCAGCACUAGGUUUCUCCAAGAACCUAGUUAGUCAACAACUAACAGAGAUAAUGAAGACAAAUAUUACUUCAAAUAGUGUUUUGAGUACAGUUUAUUGGCCUGGAGGCUUACAAUUUGUCCCUAAGGGAUGGACUCGCAGCACUGAGGAGAGGACAUUGCAAAUAGGAGUACCUACAAAUGGUACCUUUCAUGAGUUUGUGAAUGUCACACAUGAUCAGAACAAAAAUAAUACAUCUAUCACUGGUUUCUCAAUCGAUGUCUUUAAAGCAGUUGUUAAUGCUUUGCCUUAUGACUUGAAAUACGAGUUUAUUCCCUUCAAUGGGUCUUAUGAUGAAAUGGUAGAGCAAGUCUCCAAUAAGACAUUGGAUGCUGCUGUCGGAGAUACAGCAAUAAUGGCAUAUAGAUAUCAUUUAGUGGACUUCUCACAACCUUAUGUUGAAUCUGGCCUCGACAUGGUGGUUAGAGAGCAAUCAGCAAAAUCAAAAACAUGGAUCUUUUUGGACGCUUUCACAAAAGAGAUGUGGUUGAUGAUGGCAACCUUGCACAUUUUCGUGGGAUUUGUCAUCUGGUUGAUCGAAAGGCAAGUUAAUGCAGAACUACAGGGAUUCGGGCCCAUGCUUUGGUUUUUAGUCACUGUAAUAUUCUAUGCACACAGAGAACCAAUUACAAGCCCCAUGGCUAGAGUUGUUAUGGCACCAUGGUUAUUUGUGAUCCUCAUUGCAACUAGUACUUUCACAGCAAGUUUGACUUCCAUGAUGACCAUUUCGCAACUAGAGCCAUCUAUUUUGGAUAUCCAAACCCUUCAGAGAAGAAAUUCCCCAGUUGGUUGUAAUGGAAAUUCAUUUGUUAUAAAGUAUUUGACUGACGUACUAAAAUUCAAGCCUGAGAACAUAAGGAAAUUUUACUCCAUGAGUGAUUACCCUGAUGCCUUUCAGAACAAGUAUAUUGAAGCAGCUUUCUUUAGUGUGCCUCAUGCUAAGGUCUUUCUGGCAAGGUAUUCAUGCAAGGGUCUAAUCAAAGCUGGGAACACCUUCAGGCUUGGUGGCUUAGGUUUUGUAUUUCCCAAGGGUUCUACUCUGGCUACCGACAUAUCCGAGGCAUUGCUGAAAGUGAUAGAGAGUGGAGAAACCGAACAACUUGAAAAAGAUAUGCUAUCAAUAGGAGGCAAUGCAAAAUGUUCUCCUUUAGAGAGCAGGGCAAAAGAUGGGUCAUCCACAGGAUUUCAGCCUUUCAUUGGCCUAUUUUGUAUCUGUUUUAGUGUUGCUAUUCUGGCAUUGUUAUAUAAUAUGGUUUGUUUGGUCAUGAAUAAUCUAGAGAUCUUCACAAGCUACAUACAUGUAACAUUAGCACAAUUAAGGAGAAUAUGGAAAUGGACAACCCCAUAUUUUGUUCGGAGCUGUUCAAGACUCCAACCAGGGAGUACGAGGAGUGUAAUUGCUGCCACAGUAAUAAGAAAUGAAAAAGAGACAGUCAUUAAUAGUUAG